AUGACCCGGCUUUUUGCUAGUGCUAAAAAUCCAAUCAGCAGUAAAGAUGUGGAGUGUGCUGGAAUAUCAUGUGAGGGCACGAACAGAAAACACCAACUAUGUACUAGAGUUGCAACUGGUUUGAAGAAUGGUGCUUUGAUUGUGGAAAUGAAGGUUUGGAUUCAAGCUGCAAUCUGUUCUAAAGCAUUUACGGCCGUGCACACUUGUUCAAAAUGGAGCAUUGAUACUAAAGGUUGUGAGGUAUGGAACUUGGUGCUGGAAAACAACUCUAUCAGUGACUUGAUCCCCAAACCUUGGAUUGUAUUGGUAACUGCCUUCAAAGGAAGUACUAGACUAAGUUUCCAAUUUCAGUACGGUUCUAAACCAUGGGACAAAAUGGUGACCGGCUUCAAAGGAGGCACAACUCUUGGUUCAGCAUUCCAAUCGGUUAAGAAUUUCAGAAAAUGGCGAAGAGCUGACUUGAGGAUGGAAUUGUGA